AUGGGAGCACAAGCAGGAAGGGUCUCCGACCACCUCCGACCGCCCACGGGCCUUCGCGCGAGGGCCAGGGGGGGAUUUCUGGACGCGUGCGCCAGCUCCCAGACAUAUUCCAGCGCCAGGGUGCCUUCCAGGAGAGGGACGCACAGGGUCAUGCUGCAGCCUCGGGACAAAUUUUCUCCGAACGCCGCCACGCACGACAGUGCCAAUCUACACUGUGCUGGGGAUGCCCCACACCCAUGCCACCCUUCAUUCUGUAGCGUGGUGCUCGGCUGCCUUCGGCGGACUGGAAAGACCCUGGGCGGCUGA